UCACUCUAUAUAUCUUCCCAAAUUAUAACCCCAUUUUCUUCACAUCUCAGCUACAACAUAACAAAAGCUGCCAUGGAGACGCAGCAACACACACAACAAACACAACCCCACGUAGCCAUAGUGCCUACUCCAGGGAUGGGUCACUUAAUCCCUCUUGUUGAAUUGGCUAAGCGACUUGCUCUUAGCCACAACUUUCUUGUCACUUUCAUUAUUCCUACUGACGGCUCACCCAUGAAACCCCAAAGACAGGUUCUUCAAGCUCUACCCAACUCUGUUUCCUCAAUCUUUCUUCCUCCUGCGAGCUUUGAGGACCUUCCUGAGGACGUUAAAAUCGAAACUCGGAUCACACUCAGCUUGGUUCGCUCCCUCUCGGCCUUACGAGAGACCCUCAAGGUCUUAACUGAGUCAACGAAGUUUGUUGCGCUAGUUGCUGAUCUCUUUGGCGCGGAUGCGCUGGAAGUGGCCAAAGAAUUCGGUAUUUUGCCCUUCAUCUUUUUCCCUACAAAUGCCAUGGUACUGUCUUUGGUCCUUCAUUUGCCUGAACUUGAUGAGAAGUUCAGUUGCGAGUUUAGGGACUUGCCUGAACCCGUCCAAUUUCCUGGUUGUGUCCCAAUACACGGGCGUGAUCUCGCGGACCCGGUUCAAGAUAAGAAAAAUGAGGCAUACAAAUGGAUUAUGGGCAUAGCUAAACGGUACCCUUUGGCCGCUGGGAUUAUGGUCAACAGCUUUAUGGAUUUGGAACCUGGGGCCUUUAAGGCUUUGAUGGGGGGUGAUGGAUCAGGUUUUAGUCCUCCGGUUUAUCCGGUUGGACCGCUGGUACAGAAUGCUUUAAUCAUUGAGGCCGAACAUGAAAAUUCAGGCUGUUUGAAGUGGCUAGAUGAGCAGCCGAGUGGGUCAGUACUGUUUGUUUGUUUUGGGAGUGGCGGGACUUUAUCACAAGAGCAAUUAAAUGAAUUGGCCUCAGGACUUGAAAUGAGUGGCCAAAGAUUUCUCUGGGUCGUUAGAGGUCCACAUGAGAAAGCUGCUAAUGCUACAUAUUUUAGUGUCCAAAGCAUUGAGGACCCUUUUUAUUUCUUACCAAAGGGGUUCUUGGAUAGUACCAAAGGGAUGGGUCUAGUGGUUCCAUCUUGGGCUCCUCAGGUUCAAGUACUGAGCCAUGUUUCAACCGGAGGAUUCUUGAGUCAUUGUGGGUGGAACUCAACCCUAGAGAGCAUUGUCCAUGGCGUGCCCAUAAUUGCAUGGCCACUCUAUGCAGAACAAAAGAUGAAUGCGGUAUUCCUCUCAGAUGAUCUGAAAGUGGCAAUGAGGGUUAAAAUGAAUGAAAAUGGAUUAGUUGGGAAAGAAGAUAUAGCGAAGUAUGCAAGGGGGCUAAUUAAAGGAGAAGAAGGAAAAUCGUUAAGGAAUAAGAUGAGAGAACUUAAGGAUGCUGCUGCAACUGUUCUGGGCCAAGAAGGGUCAUCUACUAAAUCACUUGCCAAAGUGGCGCAAAUAUGGAAGAACCAGAUGUAAUAACAAUUUAACGUGGCUUUGCUUAAUUUUCUGAUAAUAAAUGCUUUGCUUUGGCUAUGCGAAAUAUUAAAAUUUUAGCUUUAUAAUGUGACAUUAGCGUCACUUCUUGUAUGUAUGCAACUAUCAAUUAAAGGGUUCGUUAAGAAUA